UUCCAGGUCACGUUUUCAGCCGAAAAGACUUAAAGACAAACAAACACGACACAUCAUUUCGUGAACCCGUACAGUUUUCAAGCGGCUUUCCGCCUCAAGCGGUUGCUCUUAUCGAAACAGACUUCUUUUGAUCAGUAGCAAGGAGGAUUUUAAUUCAUUUUCCAGUGGGCGGAUUUACGUAACAAUCGCUCUCUCGAACAAAGCAUCAGCACACUAAUCAUCCUUUCAUAUCACAACAGUGCGCAAUAUUUCUUUUGCAGUGGAUAAAUUGCAUUGCCUACAGUCUUUAAUCUACUGCGUCUUUGAUUACGGCUUCAACUACAUAGCACACAAGUUUUCAGUUGUUCUCACUCGAUGGCGGAAAGGUUUCGACGAUUGAGGGAGCGAUUCUUGUCCAAGAUUCACCGACCCUUUUGCUACAAGAGAGUUCAGAAGAACACGGAUAACAGUGAAUUCAGUGAAUCGCAAGCCCACUUCGAAGCGACUUCGAAGAAAAAGAUCUCAUACGACUGCCUCGAUGCGGAUCAUGAGAACUGCAGCAAGACCCCAAAGGGCGCACCUUUACAGAGUGAGUGCGCCUCUCCUGAAGCAUCCGUUUGUAAGGAAAACGUUACUGUGGAGAUUACAGAGGAAGACGAAGUUGAAGAGCUUUCGCAAAUAAAGCAAACAGAGUCGCAAAAGAGGAGGCGUUCUUCGGCUUUCCAGCGAUUGGUUAGCUUAGUAAAACCAGAGAACAGAAGGCAUGCGAUUUGUGAGCAAAUGGAAAGGGAAAUUGAGACACGAGGUGUGAGUUUAAGGCAGUAUCGAAAGUUCCUAGCAACAACCUACAUCUUGCACGAUUUAAAAAUGCUGUAAAGAAGCUUGAUUGUAAAUACAACCUAGUGAAUUGUGUUUAUACCUCAAGUAAGAGAAGCAUCGACAGACAGGUAAAAUGACACCAUUUAAAUUUGAACAAGUGACGGUAAACGAGCGAAACUAAUCUCCUCACGUACAAAGAGUGCUCACCAAAGUCUAAAAAAGAACGCAUCCGGCCGUGGUGGAUCUCUGAAUUGGGAAAUGAAAAGAUUUGUCAAUGCAGAAAAAAAGAGCGCAAAUUUCCUAAAAGAAAUGUGCGAUUUAAUUACCAAUUUCAGAGAUCAUCAUUCUUAACUAGGAAUUGAUAACGGAAAAGCGUGGGCCUUCAGCGAGAGAAAAAGGAAAACAUAAAUUUAAGACGUGCAUUAAGGAGAUACAUUUUUAAUUCCUUGUCUGUUUGCAAUGAAUCAAACACAUGAUCAAAACUGUUUUCGAUGUCGCAAAGGAAUUUUGGGGGGCAUGUUGAAGCGUGCGAACUGUCAGGGAUAAAAUGCUGUAUCUCGAUCGGAAGUUAUUCAAAACAAGAAGCAACUCAAGAUCCUUACUGUAAACAGAGAAGAACAAUAUGCUAAUCACGAUUCGCUUUUCGAUAAGUUCAAAAGAACAGCUGAGAAAACCACGCGAUUCAAAGUGCACCGUUGGUAGGCUCUGAUAUCGCGAUUUAUUUUUCUGUUCAUUGUUGUCUUGUUUUCAAUAAACUGCACGACUCGAUUGAGGACAAAUGUAAUUGCUUUUUGAAAUACUGCAAAGAAUACACAAAUCGUGCGCUCACUUGUGUCGCGGCAAAUAGUCAAACAAAUAAUUAGUCCUUCUUACCCACUUUAAUCUCUUGUAUCUCUGCUAAAUCCGCUAGAUUCUCGUUUACUCUGUUUCCCGAUGAUAAAUCGCAACGCUGUCGAAACGUUGCGCAAAUAAAAAUCAUAAUUGGGGCAAACAAAUGAUUCCAGUUUGAUUCUUAUUAUAAGCAAAUUUAGGAGGAAAUUUCAAUAAGACAUAUUAUUUUAUUACUUGCUGGCGUCAAUUUCCUGUGUUUUUACUUUCCAGCAUAUUUUUAUCGAUCAAUAUAUUGAGUGCGCAUAUACAAAUAUGGUUAAUCGUAUGGAUUUCUAAGAAUUCUAUCCUGAUAUCGGUGUAAAAAAAUACAAAGGCAAUAUAUUUUUCUCUGUGUACUCCUGCUAUCGCAAGAUAAAAGGUAGAUGCAAUAUUGGCCAUGCUUCAUCUGGUAUAAUUUACUGAGCGAUUGAAAAUUAACAACAGAAGAUUUACAUAAGAAAUUAGAUGUGUUUGCCAAAUCGAAUUUUCGAAAAGUAUCCGAGCAAUUCAUAGUUUUUCAGCCGCGGUCGUUUUGCCAGUCUGGCCUGGAAAUUGAAAACAAACAUAUUUCUACACUGAUUUCAAACACCUUGGGAGAAGAAACUUCAAGUAUUUCUGGCUCGCUAAGAAAUAUGCUAAGCUCCAAUAUAAUUUGAUCAUUUUUCUUCAGAGAUGAGUAGAAUGCAGUUCCUCCCUAACUACAGGAUGUAUCUAAUAUUCUAGAGUACCGUAUGGAAUUCUUUAACCUACCUUUAUUGGCUGUGUUACAUGUUAAAAGAUCAAGAAUGAAAUGUGUCAAUAGACAUUGUUA